UCACCUGCGGAGGGGCGUGGCCAAGAGGGGGCGGGGCCGCGCGCGCUCUGGCCCCGCCCCGCCCGCCCCGCGCGCGCCGCCGCCGCCGUGUCCCCGCGCCUCCAAGAUGCCCGGGCAGCGGCGGGGAGGCUCCCGCGGGCCGCCGGUACGUACCGGCGGCACCGGGGCGGGCGGGCUCACCGGGGCGGGCCGGGGGGGCUCCCGCGGGCCGCCGGUUCCUGACCACCUUCCCUGGUUUUUGAUGCUGAAUCAGGAUUGUGUUAACUAAAGAUGGAAACACUGGAGUCAGAAUUGACCUGCCCAAUCUGUCUGGAGUUAUUUGAGGACCCCCUCCUGCUGCCCUGUGCCCACAGCCUCUGCUUCAGCUGUGCCCACCGUAUUCUGGUGUCCAGCUGCUCCUCCAGCGAGUCCAUCGAGCCCAUCACCGCCUUCCAGUGCCCGACCUGCCGCUAUGUCAUCUCCCUCAACCACCGGGGCCUGGAGGGCCUCAAGAGGAAUGUGACCCUGCAGAACAUCAUCGACCGCUUCCAGAAGGCGUCCCUGAGCGGCCCCAACUCCCCCAGCGAGAGCCGCCGCGAGAGGACCUAUCGCAACAGCCCUACCAUGUCCGUGGCCGGCGAGAGGAUCGCCUGCCAGUUCUGCGAGCAGGAUCCGCCCCGCGACGCCGUCAAGACCUGCAUCACCUGCGAGGUGUCCUACUGCGACCGCUGUCUGCGGGCCACCCACCCCAACAAGAAGCCCUUCACCAGCCACCGGCUGGUGGAGCCCGUGCCCGACGCGCACUUCCGCGGACUGACGUGCCUGGAGCACGAGAACGAGAAGGUGAACAUGUACUGUGUCGCUGAUGACCAGCUCAUCUGUGCCUUAUGUAAACUGGUGGGCCGCCACCGGGACCACCAAGUGGCAUCGCUCAGCGAUCGCUUCGAGAAGCUAAAGCAAACCCUGGAGACAAAUCUCACCAACCUGGUUAAGCGCAACAGCGAACUGGAAAACCAGAUGGCCAAGCUGAUACAGAUCUGCCAGCAAGUGGAGGUGAACACAGCCAUGCACGAGGCCAAGCUGAUGGAGGAGUGUGAUGAGCUGAUGGAGAUCAUCCGCCAGCGCAAGCAGGUCAUCGCCGUCAAGAUCAAGGAGACAAAGGUGAUGAAGCUGCGGAAGCUGGCCCAGCAGGUUGCCAACUGCCGGCAGUGCCUGGAGCGCUCCACCGUCCUCAUCAACCAGGCCGAGCACAUCCUGAAGGAGAACGACCACGCGCGGUUCCUGCAGACUGCCAGGAACGUGGCCGAGAGGGUCGCCAUGGCAACUGCAUCCUCGCAAGUCCUGAUACCAGAUAUCAAUUUUAAUGAUGCCUUUGAAAACUUUGCUUUAGAUUUUUCCAGAGAGAAGAAGCUGCUGGAGGGGCUGGAUUAUCUUACAGCGCCGAACCCACCGUCAGUUCGUGAGGAGCUCUGCACGGCCUCCCAUGACACCAUCACUGUGCACUGGAUGUCAGAGGACGAGUUCAGCGUCAGCUCCUACGAGCUCCAGUACACCAUCUUCACCGGCCAGGCCAACUUCAUCAGUCUCUACAACUCCAUGGACAGCUGGAUGAUCGUGCCCAACAUCAAGCAGAACCACUACACAGUGCACGGGCUGCAGAGUGGCACCCGCUACAUCUUCCUGGUGAAGGCCAUCAACCAGGCGGGCAGCCGGAACAGCGAGCCCGCCCGCCUCAAGACCAACAGUCAGCCAUUCAAGCUGGACCCCAAGAUGGCUCACAAGAAGCUGAAGAUCUCCAAUGACGGGCUGCAGAUGGAGAAGGACGAGAGCUCCUUGAAGAAGAGCCACACGCCGGAGCGGUUCAGCGGGACAGGCUGCUACGGCGCGGCCGGCAACGUCUUCAUCGACAGCGGCUGCCACUACUGGGAGGUGGUGGUGGGAUCCUCCACCUGGUAUGCCAUCGGCGUGGCUUACAAGUCAGCCCCCAAAAACGAGUGGAUUGGGAAGAACUCCUCUUCUUGGGUCUUCUCCCGCUGCAACAACAACUUCGUGGUGCGGCACAACAACAAAGAGAUGCUGGUGGAGGUGCACCCGCAGAUGAAGCGCCUCGGCGUCCUCCUGGACUACGACAACAACGCGCUCUCCUUCUACGACCCGGCCAACUCUCUCCACCUCCACACCUUUGAAGUCUCCUUCAUCCUGCCAGUGUGUCCCACCUUCACCAUCUGGAACAAAUCCCUGAUGAUCCUCUCGGGGCUGCCUGCCCCAGAUUUCAUCGAUUACCCCGAGCAGCAGGAGUGUAACUGCCGGCCCCAGGAGUCCCCAUACGUGUCAGGAAUGAAAGCCUGUCACUAGGCUGCCCAGGCCUGCCCGUGCCCCGUGGCAGCACUGGCCAUGCCAGUGGGUGCAGGUGGCCAGAGCUGCCCACUGGCAGCCGUGCCAGAGAGCCACUGUGGCGCCCGAGCAGUCGAGCACCAUCCACACCCAGCUCCAUCUUACUUUAAUGGAAAAAGUGGAAGAACCUCGAACCACAGCUGGAAAUGAACUGCUGUUGGUGAGCUCCAGGGUGUGCAAGAGUGGCUGGAGCAGCUCUUUGGCGGUUGCUCCCAUCUCUCCCCAAGAAGAUUGUCACCUGGAGGGUUCUGUCUUCCCUUGGGGGACUGGAAAGGCCAGGCUGGGUUUCAGGGUGACCUGUGGUGGUCAGGGAAUGGCUCGUGAGUACCAGGAGGCGCAGGUUGGGACAGGAGGGAUGGGCUCUGGAGCCUGCUGACAGCUGGCGUAGGGACCCAGAGCACUGAGCAGCACUUUCCAGGGAGGACUUUCAGUGUGGCUGAGGCUCGGUAGCUUUCCCUGGUGGGAUGGAUAAGGCUUGGAGCCCUUGGGCUCAGUGAGCGCUGGCAGUGGUUGUGUGGUCCCUGUGGAGGGAGGGUGGUGGUCUGUGGGACUGAAGAUGGCGCUGAGGGUGUUUCCAGUGGCCAUCCGUGCUGCAGAUGGCAUGCUCCUGAUAAUUUUCAGGGUCCUGCAGUGGAGAGCCAUGGACUCCCAGUCCACCAUCUCCUCCUCUCAGAGCUUCCCAGUAACCGGAGAGGCCUGCAUCCUUGAGAAGCUUUGGCCCCUGGCACAGAGGUUUGGCAGCUGCUCCUUCUCGAUGCAGGGUCUGGCCAGCAAUGCCCUGCUCCACGUAGGUCUCCAUUAGUGUCCUGACUGGUGUUCCAGCAGCAAAAGCUCAUCUUCCUACUCUAAGCCCACAGUAGAGUCCUGCUCAAAGACUACCUCUAUGCUCUGUGACCCAAAAUCUCGAUUUAUGACACUGAAUCUUGACUUCUGGUUUGUUCUCCACCAUGCCAGGGGAUUGGACUGGGUGCAUUUUAAAGAUCCCUUCCAGCCCAAACUAUUCCAUGAUUCUGUGGUGGUGUGAGUGUGGAGCCUUCUGUUCACUCCGUGGCAGAAGAGUGAGUCUGUCCCAGAGGCUCCCUGGUUACUGGGAGCUCUUUGGCUGUCUCCAGUAUUCCCAGUAAGCACAAGCAUCAAGUCCCCUGAGCAAGUUCUGGUCUCCAGAUUUAUUUUAGAGGCCAGGAGGAGCUGGGCUGGCACACAAUCCCUGUUGCCACCAUGGGGGUCUGUGGCACAGUUUGGGGCCAGUGGGCAUGUGAGUGGCUGGGACAUUGUGGGGACAAGGAUUUCAGGCAUUAUGGUGGCUCAAAGCAGCUGGUGCUUGAGCUUUGCCCUGUGACAUUUGAAACCCCUUUUCCUCCUCUGGAUGUGGUGCCUCGGUGGGAGUGGGGACCACUGAGCUGGGACCACCCAGCUCUGCCAGCCUCUCCCUGUGGAGCUUGCUGAUAGGGAACUAGCCCUGCUUGUAUUUUCUUCUACAACAGGGUAACUCACCUGAUUGAUCCAGGGAAGCCAUGAGAUGGAAUCUUUUUGGACUUUAGCAGGCUUUAGCAGUCUCUCACAGGAUCCUUGUGGACAAAAUGUCCAGCCCACAGCUGAUAAGCACAUCAUGGGGUGGGUGUGUAACUGGCUCAUGGGUCAGGCACAAAGGGUGACAUCGGGUUGGCACUAGUCACUUUUGGGGCUCUGAAGGGCUCCAUCCUCGGCCCUGUGCUCUUCAACCUCUUCAUUAACGACCUGGAUGCAGGACUGGAAGGGAUACUAAGUUUGCUGGCAGCACUAAGCUGGGAGGAGCUGUCAGCUCUCUCAAGGGCAGAGAGGCCCUGCGGAGAGACCCAGACAAAUUAGACAGAUGGGGAAUCACCCACCAUGUGAAGUUUAACAAGGGAAGGUGGUAGAUUCUGCGCCUGGGAUGGGGCAACCCUGAUUGUGGGUAUGAGCUGGGGAAAGAGAGGCUGUGGAGCAGCUCUGGAGGGGCCCUGGGGUACCUGGCCAUGGCCAGUUGUAUCUCAGUCAGCCAGGAGGGAAAUCCCUGUUCUGGGGGCAUCAGGCCAGCUGGACCAGGGAGGGGAUUGUCAUGCUCUGCUCUGGGCUGAGGCAGCCUCACCUUGAGCCCUGAGGGCAGUUCUGCACACCACAGUAUAAAAAAGGCAUGAAGCUGUUAGAGAGUGAACAAAGAAGGGCUGUGAGGAUGGAGAAGGGUCUGGAGGGGUCCUGUGAGGAGUGGCUGAGGUCACUUGGUUUGUUCAGCUGCAGAAGAAGAGAGGGAAGGCCACUUUGUCAUCUUCAGCUCCUCCCAAGGGGGAGUUGGAAGGGCAAGUACCCAUCUGUUCAUUCUUGUGACCAGUGACAGGACUGAAGGAAAAGGCUGGAGCUGAGUUGGGGGAGGAUUAGGUUGGAUGUCAGGAAAGGUUUUUCUCUCAGGGGGUGGUCAGGCACUGCACAGGCUCCCCAGGGAAUGGUCAUGGCCCCAAGGCUGCCAGAGGUCAAGGGGCAUUUGAACAAUGCUCCCGAACACAGGGUGGGAUUGUUGGGGUGUCCUGUGCAGGGCCAGGAGUUCAACUCAAUGAUUCUGAUGGGCCCCUUCCAGCUCAGCCUAUCCUGUGAUUGUAAAGCCCAGGCUCUGGGAGUGAGUGGCUGGCCUGGACAGGGCUCUUGGGGCUCAUCCCUUGGGGGCUGUGCCACAGGCAGGUUGAAUUCAUCUGGAGCCAGUUCAGAAUUCAUCUGGUGACCCCUCCCAGUGACCCGGCCAAGGGGAUGUAUGUUGGUGAGUCUGGUGGUGGCAGCUUUGCCCAGGAGGAGAGUGUUCCCCAGCAUGCCAUCUCUCUGUGUGUCUGGGCUGUGGGUUUUGGAAAAGGGAGGUGGGCAGUACCUUGGGGAAGGAUCUGCUGCCGGCCCUGCCAAGCUGAGAGGGGUUUCCCUUUGAUGCAGGCUGCUUCCCCAUGGUGCCAGGCAGGGCAGGCAUAGGGGAUACACCCCUCCUUCUGACUCCUCCUGAGCAGAGCAGCUCCGUUUGCUUCUCCCAGCCCUGGAGCGUAGGAGCUCGGGGAGGGUGCAGCAGGGCACGCCUGCCAUCCCCACAGCCUGGCUCACGGCCCCCUUUCACUUUGGGAGGUUAAAUCACCCUUUUAAGUUGGAUGUUUUUCAUGGGAAGGUCUCUUGGAAGUCCCUUCCGCGUGUGCCGGUCCCACGGGGCUGCUCAUCCCGUGUCACCCCCCAGGGAUGCCAGGCACUGGAGGUGGAUGUUGGCCCUGGCAAUGCCGAGCACUGCUGGGAUGGGCUCAGGGAGCAUUCAGCAUGCUCAGCUCGGAGACCAUGAGCCCUUAAUGUGACAUUUGCACCUGAUGAAAUUGCACUAAUUGUGGGACCCCCUGGCCCCCGCACGUGUCUCAUACCCAGCCAGAUGGGGACUGGGGGAGCCCCGCACCCCGAGCAGGGGCUGGGAGCCUUUCCCAGUCACCCACAUGGUCCUCUUGUGGUACUGAAAGCAGAGCCCACCCAAUUGUCACCAUGACUUGGGGAGCAGCAGCCCCAUCCCUGGGCCCUGCUGAGGACAUGGAGGGGGCCAGAGUGCUGCUGCUGGUUCCCCUGCUCCUGGUGACACCAGUGUUCGAGUUCGGGAUGUGUGGACUCCUGGCUCCCCUCAGCCUCCCCUUCCACGUGUAACAUUCCUGCUUCUGUUUUACUUGGGGGAGGGCUGUUCUUCCUCUUGGGUUUUUCCCUUUUUGUUGGUUUUUUUGCAACUUCUUUGUUAACAUGUGUGUAUAUAUAUAUAUAUAUAUAUAUAUAUAUAAAAUAUAAUAUAAUAUAUAUACAUUUCUGGGUAUGUCUGUGUGUGAGGGAGGCCAUAAGGUGAGGACAGUCCUGGGAUCUUCUUGCUAGCCAUCACAGUGUUCCCCAAACCUAGCAAAACACAUGGCCGUGCAUGCACAGCAGCAGAGGGGAUUUGUGGUACCACCCAGCAGCAGCUUUCCUUGUGCUGGGCUCAGCCUGGAGAGCCUGUGGGGUGGCCAGGCACAGGGGGUGCUAAAGCUCCAUCCAAAAACAUCUGUACACAUAACUAUUGAGCGCCCUGCUGCCAGCCCCUGGAUGAUGUCCCAUUAUCCAGGACACUCCGUGUGCCAGCCUGCCCUUCUCCCAGUCCUGGAUGGCCACAGGGGUUCUGGGCAUCUCUGAGUGCCAGCCAUGUCCGGGUGCUCUUGCCCCACCUGUGUCCUGGAGAGGGUGGGGAUGGAGCUGGUGCUGGGGCUGAGCGCUGGCCGUGACAGCCCCUGCCGUGCGCAGGGACUGGCCGCGAGCAGGGAGGAGCCCAGCGGGUCCCCUCUCGCAGCCCCAGCCCUGGCUGCACAUCCCUGGGCUCUCCCAGGGGCCCCACCAGGCAGGACUGGCCUGGAGAGGGGGAGAGCCCGUGCUGGAAUGGUGCCACAGGGUAGAAGCUGCUGGAGAAGGGGCAUCGGGGGCAGCCUCACGUGGGGGAGCGCAGGCACACAAACCUGCAGGAGACACAGCCCAUUUUCGGAGCACAAGUGCCUAAAAUUAAGGCAAGUUAAGUGAAAAACAUACAGUGCAAACCAACGCUGUGGAAUUAAGUAUUUCUCACUUUAUGCCUUUGCUCCAGGCUUUUCCCGUUAAAGAUAAACCACCAGCACAUGGCAACUGUGUGGAGGAUGAGUUGCUGGUUCUGCUAGGAACAAACCUGUGGCAUUUGCGUUGGUCAGAGCUCCGCCCUCGCUGUGGGCUGCCAGUGACACGCAGCAGUGAUGGGCUGGGUCUGGCGCUGGUGCUCCUGCUUCUGCCACCAAGACCCCACUGCCCAGAGCCCCACACUGAGGAGUGGGGAGCUGCAGUGCCCAGGGCCCACGGCCUCCAUUUCCAGACAUUUUAUUCUCUGGUCCAGAGAUUGGCAGUGUAGCCCCAGACCACCUCAGCUUGCCAGCGGAUUGUCCCAACCCCAUUUCCUUCAUCCGUCCCAUCCCUCUGCUCCAGCCUGGUUUGCUGCAUGGCCUGGGACGAGUGUGUGGGGUCUGGCAGGCAUCUGCAGGUGCCCCAGCCCUGGUGAGUAGCCCCCACGGUAGGAGAGACCCGGAGCCCUGCCACCCAGCCUGCCUGGAGCCCAGUGAGCACCCAGCGAGCAGCAAGGACACAGCAGGAGGAAAAACCUGGCUAUUCCGAGAUACAAGGGGACACAGAUCCUCCGUGGGACAGUCGUCCCUGGCAGAGGACCUGCUCCCCCCUCCAUGGGAUUGACACAGCGUGGGAACCUUAUUUUUCUUUUAAACUGAAAAAUAAAACCUUCAAAGGAGAAACAUUCCCUGAAUGGCCACAAACGGGCCCUUGAAUGGCAGAGCCUUGGCGUGGAGAGGUGAGGCACUGCUCUGCUGUCAGCCCACCCCGACAGUGCCGUGAGAACACCCCCGUGCAGCCCAUCAGUCCCGGGUGAGCCUCUGCACCCUGCGGGGCUUCAUCUGGGGGGGCUUAUCCCGGCUGCCACAACAGCUCAACGGCAUGGACCAUCUGCUCGGUGCAUCCAGAGCUUCCAGAAAGGCAGGAAUUCUCUGCGUGGAUGUGUCUGACACGCUGCUCCCCCGUGCUGCUGGCAGGAUUCCUGCCUCGGCGGCUCAGGCUGGCCGUGGGCGUUGCUGUGGAUCACCAGGAUGGAUGUCAGCCCAGUGCUUGGAGAGCUGGCGGGGCUGGGAGGUGCUGGGAAGGGCACACCUUGGCAAAGCAGGAUCCCGGGGGUGCAGGGACUCACACUUGCCCCAUCCCUCCUCCCUCCACCCCGAUGGAGUGAGAGGAAGCUCCAGAGAUUGCUCCAUUGUCCGCAGAACGUGUUAGGUGGGGAAAUGAGUCCUGGGAGGGGAGGAUGCGUUUUCCUUGAGGCUUUCCACAGGAGCACUUCAUUAUCCCUGAAGCCCAGGGGUCUCAUUAACCAGAAACCCAUCUCCAGGACAAAGCACAGCCCAAGGCAAGGCCCAAAGGGAUGAGGAGCACUGGGCCAGCAGAGCCGGGAGCUGGUCCCUGCUGGGGCUGCCCUGGCUGGCUUGGCUCAGAGCCCACUUGGUGCCAGCCCGAGGAACGGGCGUGACUGGGGGGUGCUGGGCAAGGGAAGAGCAGAUGGCAAAGGAUCAGCCUGUACUGAGGUGGUGCCAGGGAAGAAAUGUGGCAGUGUCACCUGUGUGUCCUCUGGCUGUGGCCAAAACUCCCUGAGAGCCAUCCCCACCAUGGGACUGCUCCCAUGUUCCCUCCAGCCAGUGCCAAACACUUCUCCAGCCCUCACGAGUGCUGGGGAUGGCCCAGGGCUCUCUGUCACAGCUCGUGGAAACCAGGGGAAGCUGGUUAAAAGAUGUCAUCCCUGGUCACCUCUUUGCCCGAAGCAGCCAGUGUCAGCAUGAGCCCAGGAAGGAGCUCUUCCCUUUCUCUUCCUGCCUUAUCUGGUGCCUUUCCCUGUCAACCUCUGGUUUCUAGGAAACUGCAUCCCUCGUUGUGAAAGCCAAUUUAAAACCAUCACUCACGUGGCAGGUUGUUUCAUGGAAAGGAAAAGGCUGCUCUGAGAUGAUGGAAUGAGCUUUGCUGCUGCUUUCGAGGAACGUGCUUUAAACACAAGAGGUUUCAGCAUCACAAAUACUGAAAAUCAAACCAGAAAUGUAUUCCACAAGUCAACCAGGAGGGGAAGAAACAGAGUGUGGCAUGGGCUUGGGAAGGCUAACGGCAGGUUUUGGGGGAAGGUUGGUGUUGGCUUUUCAUUUAUUUUUUUACUUUUCAAUUCUUCUGUGGUUCAUGAAAUAGGAAAUUUUAAAAAUCCCUCCCUUAAGAAAGCUUAAAAACACCAUGUCUGGGAGGCCUGGGGCUUCCACCCUGCUCUGGGAAGUUGCAAAGGGAAGAGAUAAGAGAAAUCACUGGGUUUAUAUAGCGAGUGACAUCAAGAUGUCUCAUCUGUCCUGUCUGCAGCAGCAAUGGCUUGCUCUGGGGUGGGAUAAUCCUCACUGGGAAUACAUGCUACAGCUCUCCCAUCCAGGAAUGAAAAUCCCUUUCACUGGUGAUUUCACUCCAGGCUGGGGAAAGAAACCCAAUAGUUAAUUAAAUGGACAGAAAAUAAAAUGACACCCUUACCUGCUCAUAGACUGCACAGAGUGAAUGAGUUAGAAUCUGAGCUGGCCCAAAUUAAUCCUUAAUGGAACUUGAGAUUUUAAAUACCCAUCUGAUUAACCACCCCCUGAAAUGAUCAAGUGUUCUUGAUCAUUAGAGUGAGCAUCGCUUAAUAUUCUUGGUCUGGCUAUGGAGUGAUGGACAGCACCUGGAACGAGACCAGAAGCCUUUAUUGAAUAAUUCUCGGGUUUAAGACCCGAGAAAGGCAGGGAGAGAGGUGGUGAGGACAUCAGUGCUUGUGUCUCAGACUAAAAAAUGGCUGCAGGGGUAGCCUCAGGAAUUCUCCUGAGCUUCAGGAACCCAUCUUGAGUUGCAGGAACUAUCCUGAGCUCCAGGAGCCUGUCCUGAAUUGCAGGAACUGUCCUGACCCACCUGGAGCAGGCAGCUCGAGACUGCAGCCCUUCAUCAGCCCUUGCGAAUCCCACCUGGCCCCUCUCCUGAGAACAUCCCAUCCAGGCUCACCACUGCAGCCUCCAAGCUUCGGAGUCAGGCAGGAGCAGCACAGGGACUGUUAAUGGAAUUGGGUCCAGUUCUCCAUGGCAACGAGCAAGAACUGGGUCAGUGCAGGAUGCGCGGAGCCAAGCACUCCCAGGAGUUUUAAAAGUAAACACCAGCGGAAAUUAAGGCAUAAGGAGCUGGGGGGGACAAGGGGACCCUGGGACCCCCAGAGCUGAAGUAGAGCCCCCAUCACCACAGGCCACAGAGAGCAGUGGGGGUCCCAGUCCUGCCCGGGGAGGGGGGCACAGGAAGGCUCCCGUGGGCACUUCUGUACAAGACAGUGGAUCCAGGGCUGCACAGAGCAGGGGCUGUCUGGUCCCCAAGGCACACACAGCCCUCCACAGCUACAGUGAGCAAUUGACUGAGCCUCAAAAAUUCCCUCAGCCACAGCCUCCCUGCCCCCUGUUCCCCACCGCUUUGAGCCAAGUGCCUUCUCUCCACAUGGCCCUUGCUCUCCUGCCUCCCCGGCUCUAAUUUGUCCCUGUUUAUUUACACAGGCAAGCAGGCUGACAUCCAUCACUGGGAUUCUCUGUGCAGAGGCUGUCUCUGUGAAAAUCCUCAUUACAGCUCCCAGCUGACAGGAGCUGCGCUGGGCUGGCUGCCUUUGAUCAGCCAGAUGCUCGGAUGGAGCCUGGCUCUGUGUGACGCAGCCGCAGCCGCGUGGCGGAGACUCCAGCGUGCCCCUGCCACUCACAGCUGCCUCUGCCACCACAGCCUGUCGGUAAUUCCCUGAGCGAUGGGGCCAGUGCUGAGCUGUCAGGGCAGCAGCGAUGGGGGAAGUGGUUUGAGGGGGCUGCAGAGCAGAGCAGGAAGACCUGGAUGGAACUGGAGGAUGGAACUGGGUAAUUUUUAAGGUCCCUUCCAACCCAAACCAUUCCAUGAUUCAAGGAAGCCAAACACCAGAACAAUGAGAAAAUUACCUGCAGAGUUUCCUCAAGGCCCAUCAGAGCCACAAAUUUGGCUGCCGUGGUUACUGAUGGUGAUGAGGAACCAUCACCACCUUCAGCUGGCUUGAUGAUUUAAUUGAUACCUGGGCUCUGAGCUUUCACAUACCAAAAUCUAUGUCCAUCAUUUGGCAGACCUUUGCCCUUCAUUUUUC